AAGACUGAAGGGGAGGAGCCGGUAAACCUCUGCAAGACUGAAGGGGAGGAGCCAAUACACCUGUGCAAGGCUGAAGGGGAGGAGUCGGUACACCUGUGCAAGGCUGAAGGGGAGGAGUCGGUACACCUGUGCAAGACUGAAGGGGAGGAGCCGGUACACCUGUGCAAGACUGAAGGGGAGGAGCCGGUACACCUGUGCAAUACUGAAGGGGAAGAGUCGGUACACCUGUGCAAAACUAAAGGGGAGGAGCCAAUACACCUGUGCAAGGCUGAAGGGGAGGAGUCGGUACACCUGUGCAAGGCUGAAGGGGAGGAGUCGGUACACCUGUGCAAGACUGAAGGGGAGGAGCCAGUACACCUGUGCAAGGCUGAAGGGGAGGAGUCGGUACACCUAUGCAUGACUGAAGGGGAGGAGCUGGUACACCAGUGCAAGACUAAAGGGGAGGAGCUGGUACACCUGUGCAAAACUAAAGGGGAGGCUGGAGUCCAGCCUUUUUAGGA